AUGGCUGGCUUGAGCGCUGGGCAGGGAGACCCACUUGAGAAAUGGCUGAGAGUGGGUGACCCUGACUCACCUUGUUUCUUCCUAGCUAGGAUGGCCGAGCAGAACUGCCCCGCGCCCUCCUCCUGCGACUGCUUCGUCGCUCUCCCUCCAGCCACCGCCUCCCGGGCUGUGAUCUUCGGCAAAAAUUCAGACCGGCCUAGAGAUGAGGUCCAGGAAGUCGUCUAUCUCCCUGCUGCAACCUAUGCCAGGGGGGCAAAGCUCAAGUGCACGUACAUAGAGGUUGAGCAGGCAGAGAGGACCCACGCGGUGAUUCUGAGCCGCCCGGCCUGGCUGUGGGGCGCCGAGAUGGGAGCCAAUGAGCAUGGCGUCUGCAUUGGGAACGAAGGGGUGUGGACCAAGGAGCCUGUUGGGGAGGAGGAGGCCCUGCUGGGCAUGGACUUGGUCAGGCUGGGUUUGGAGAGAGGCAGGUCGGCUCACGAAGCCCUGCAGGCCAUCACGGCUUUACUGGAGCGCUACGGCCAGGGCGGCAGCUGCAAGGAGGAGCCGACCCCUUUCGUUUAUCACAACACCUUCCUGCUGGCGGACCGGACCGAAGCCUGGGUGCUGGAGACAGCUGGCCGGUACUGGGCAGCCCAGAGGAUCCGAGAAGGGACCCGGAAUAUCUCCAACCAGCUGAGCAUCGGCAUGGAGAUCACCGCCGAGCACGCGGGGCUGAGACGCCACGCCCAGAGCCAGGGCUGGUGGAGCGGGGAUGGGGAGUUCAACUUCACCAAGGUCUUCUCUCUGACCCACCAGCCUGUGCGGAUGGAGGCGGCCAAGGCUCGGUACUGCGCUGGCAAGGAGCUACUGCAGCAGCACACAGGCCGCAUCACGGCAGAGACCAUCAUGGCCAUCCUGCGGGACAAGGCCAGUGGGAUCUGCGUGGACUCAGAGGGCUUCCGCACCACGGGGAGCAUGGUAUCCAUCCUCCCCCAGGACCCCGCCUUGCCCUGCGUGCAUUUCUUCACAGCCACGCCCGACCCCUCCAGGUCCAUAUUCAAGCCCUUCAUCUUCGUCGCCAACGUGACUCCGGUCCUACAGGCGAUGUCUCCGAGCUUCGGUGACAAGGACCCCGUCCAGAAGGUCCCUCGAUUUCAGAGCAGAGUUGAUCGGAGACACCAGCUCUACCGGGCACAUCAGGCAGCACUGGAUCUCAUGGAGACUAACCAGGAGCAGGGCCAGAAGCUCCAGCAGACCAUGCAGGAUCUGGAGAGGCAGGGCCUGGAGGCCAUGAAGGAAAUGCUGGCCAGUGGUAUCACCCUGGACCCGGAGGAGCUGGCUGACCUCUUGUUUGACUGUGUGGACACAGAAAUCAAGUUCUACAAAUAAGCCCGAGGCAGGAUAUAUUCACUUUCUGGUUCUCAACGCCUGGCACAAGGCUGUGAUGGUUAGGUGGCCGUUGCUGUAGGGAAAUGUUUAAAUCAAAACACAAAACCGUGUUCAGAGAUUUUUUUUUUUUUAUAUCUCAAACUUUUCUAUUAAUAGUAC